AUGCCCGCGCCAGCUGUGGGAGUGGGCCGGGGCGAGCGGGCGCCUGGUGUGCGGCAGGCGCCGGCAGCUGCAGCGAUGGCGGCAGCGGCGGCGGCAGCAGCAGCGGCGGAGCCCCCUGGACCUAUCAAUGGGGCGGAGGACCCACCCAAGAUUAAGGUCGUUGUACGCAAGCGACCAAUCAGCCGCAAGGAGCGCGAGCGCAGCGAGGACGAUGUGGUGGAGGUCAGCCGGACGAGCGCGUACGUGGUGGUUAACGAGACCAAGGUCAAGGUGGAUCUCACCAAGUACUUGGAGAGGCACCAGUUCAACUUUGACGAGGCCCUGGACGAGUACGUCACCAACGACCAGGUGUACCGGCACACCGUGCAGCCGCUGGUGGCGACGCUGUUUGCCAACGGCAAGGCCACCUGCUUUGCGUAUGGACAGACAGGCAGCGGGAAAACCUUCACCAUGAGCCCGCUGCCCAUCCGCGCGGCGGCGGACCUGCUGCAGUACCUGGCGCGGCCGCAGUGGGCGGACGUCAACCUCUUUGUCAGCUGCUUCGAAAUUUACGGCAACAAGGUGUACGACCUGCUCAACGGCCGCAAGAAGCUCAACAUCCUGGAGGACGGCAAGAAGCAGGUCUGCGUGGUCGGCCUCAAGGAGCACGUGGUGGACGACGUGGAGGUGGUGAAGCAGCUGAUUGAGGAGGCCAACAUGCGGCGGAGCACAGGCAGCACGGCCGCCAACGCCGACAGCAGCCGCAGCCACAGCAUCAUGCAGUUUGCGCUCAAGCGCUACAUUGCAGGAGGGGCUCACUGCCGGCAGGUGGGCAAGAUUAGCUUCAUCGACCUGGCGGGCAGCGAGCGCGGCGCGGACACGUUUGACAACAACCGCCAGACGCGGCUGGAGGGCGCGGAGAUCAACAAGAGCCUGCUGGCGCUCAAGGAGUGCAUCCGGGCGCUGGACAGCGACGCGCGGCACGUGCCCUUCCGCGGAUCGAAGCUCACCGCGGUGCUGCGCGACAGCUUUGUGGGCGAGACCGCGCGCACCGUGAUGAUCGCGAACAUCAGCCCCACGGCCACUUGCGUGGAGCACACUCUCAACACGCUGCGCUACGCCGACCGCGUUAAGGAGCUGCGGAAGGACCGCGCGGAGCGCGACCCCGGCGGCGUCACGCCUGGCGAUGACGCGGCAUACUACGCAUCAGUCGACCGCGCCGGGCCCGUCCUGCCGGGGGGCGGCCUCAGCCCGGCGGCGGCGGCGGCGGCGGCGAUUGCAGCGGCGCGCGCGGCGCGGGGUGGCGGCGGCGGCGGCAACAGCGGCGUUGGCGGCGGUGGCGGCGGUGGCGGAGGCGGGUGGGAGAGCCCCUAUGAGUCGGAUUUUGAGGAGGAUGGCUCGGCGGCUGCCUCGGGCGCCGCGCACUCGCACUUUGCCGCCGCCGGCCCCGCCGCGCCUGCCCCGCACCCCUCACAGCAGCGGCAGCAGCGCGGCGGCGGCGGCGGCGGCGGCACCUCCGCGCACGCGUCCGCUUCCACAUCGGCGUCCUCGCUCGCGUACGCGGCCGCCGGCGGUGGCGCCUCUGUGCCGCCGUCAGCAUCGGCCACCCCGCCGAACGCGAACGGCGGCGCGGGCGGCGGCACGCGGACGCCAAACGGGGAUGAGGUUGACAGGCUGCUGGCGGCGCGCGAGGGGCUGAUGGAGGACAUUCUGGAGGAGGAGGAGGAGAUCAUCGCGCUGCACAGGCAGCAGAUAGAGGAGAGCAUGGACGUAGUGCGCAAGGAGAUGGCUAUGCUGGCGGAGGUCGACCAGCCGGGCAGCGCCAUUGACGCCUACGUGGAGGCGCUGGAGGCCGUGCUGGCUCAGAAGCUGCGCGGCAUCCACCAGCUGCAGGCGCGCGUCGAGCGCUUCAAGCAGCAGCUCAAGCAGGAGGAGGUCAUGAGCACCACGGUGCAGCGGGCGCGGGUGUCCAGGGCGCGCACGUGA